AUGAAGAAAGGUCAGAUUUCUAGACAGAUCACAAAUGUUGGAGAUGGCUUUAUUGUUGACACUGCACGUAUUUGGCGCAUAAGUAGUGAAGGACCUCCACCAUUAACAUUUCAAGACAACAACGGUAAAUAUGGCUUUGCUAAGACAGAAGGAGAGGGAGAGGGAGAGAGAAAGAAAGAGAGAAAGAGAGAGAGAGGGAGAGGAACAGGGAGAAAGAGGGAAGAGAGAAGAGACAAGGCAAAUUUCGCUAACAUGAAAAUUUUGAACGAAGAAAAAGUAUUUCAACGUUUGUUUAAAUAUUUCAAAGUAUGA